UUCCAGACUGCUGUGUGACCGAGGGUGUAUCUGCUACAUGUAUGCCAGCCUGUACCCCUUACUCUGUCAGUGUAGGGUUUGAUGCUGUCACUGCCUGUGACGCUGAUCUUCUUAAGAUCCUCAAAUGUGCCUCAGAGGGUAAGAACCAUGCAGGCUGCUGUAAGAGAAGACUGGUGCCGAACAAGUGUUUAGACCUUUGUCUGGGACAGGUCCCCGCCAACGCUGACGAAUCCUACAACUCAUGUCUCAACCACAUCAUGGACAUGUUCGCAUGCGUGGAGCAGGGCCGAGUUCUGUUGCCCAGCCCUCCAGCCUCUGUAUCAGCUGUGGCCAACUCCCAAUACAACUCCAUACUGGUAUCCUGGCAGCAACCACUGGACAACAGCGACCUCGUCACGUUCUACAGAAUCCACUUCAAAGUCAGCAUGAGUGACACAUAUUUCAGUACACCACUGAUUGACAGGCAUGACGUGCUGUUCUCCGUGUCAAACUUACUGCCGAACACAGAGUAUGUAAUGUACAUGACUGCCAUCACUGACCAUGGAUCGAGCCAGCCGUCGGAAUUUGUUUACUCGACCACAAAAUAUGCUGUUUCCAGUCUGACAAAGAAUGAAACAAUUUACGAGUGCUGUGGGAGGCGUGCGGUAGACCCAGAAUGUCAGACGUUGCUGUGUAAAGUAGAUGUGAUGUCCCAGUUGGAUCCUGAUGUAGUCAUCGGCAAAUGUAGCAGUGAUUUCAACCACAUCCUGGCCUGCUAUGCAGGUGAAAGAGAUCAGUCCGCCUGCUGCGGGAGAAUGAACGUCCCUGAACAUUGCUUCAGCUUCUGUGGCGGAGGUGACAUCGUGUUCUCCUGGAAUAUCACCCAGUGUAUCAUGAGGAUGGGAGUUAUCGAUGGCUGUAUUGAGGAAGGCAGAGAUAUUAUCCCAGGUGCCCCUGUGCAAUUCAAACUUGUGACUCUAGAGUGGAACACAGCUGAAUUCUCCUGGGAAAAGUCCGGCACUGCCGUUCCAACUAUGUACGACCUGUUCUACAGGCUGACAUACCCAAUAGGUGGAACAUAUACCAAGUUGACGGUGUCCGGUAACACAGAAGCAGUGAUAAGUGGCCUGAUGGGUAACACACAAUACGAGGCCUUUCUCGUGGCCAGGAACGAGAACUACACCAGUCUACCGACAUCUAAAAUCGGGUUUCUGACCUAUCCCCGACCAAUCUCCCCACCAACGCCAACACCAUCAACCACCCCAAACCUCUUCUAUAACUUCACAGCCUGUUGUUCAGCAAAAAACAUGCCGCAGAAAUGUCUAGCACUGUGUGACUAUGAUCACUACACAGGGAGCAUAAACUAUGGGCUCGCCCUGGAAUGUAGCGAACACAUGCUCACGCUUCUUAUCUGUGGCUCAGAUGGACGUAACCAUGAAAGUUGUUGCAAGACAAAGGGCGUCCUGGACAUGUGUUUACCCCUGUGUAGCGUGACCAGAUUUGAAGACGUACCCGACUCCAUCAACAAUAAUCCAAUCAUGUGUUCCGCCUUCACACUCCAAAUAGCCCAAUGUUACACACAAGGAAUAGUUUCCCUCCCCAUGGCCCCUGAGAGUGUUAGGGUGCUUCUGACCACGGCUCACUCGAUCCAGCUGAGCUGGGAUGCUCCUCUACGAGGCCCUCACCCCCAGAACUACACCGUUCUCUAUCAGAUGGAAGAUUCUGACAAGAAGGAAAUGCAAACUGCAAAGAAGGUGCCAUUCAACCUAGUUGGGCUGAAGGCGGAGACACGGUACAUCAUCCAAGUCGUGUCCGUCAAUGAGAACGGAACUAGCGUCCCAUCCUAUGUCAUCAUGACGGCGACACUACCAUACUAUGGCGAUAAAACGUGUGUAUAUGUUCGCUACCCUAACUCGACGAUAAGGUAUGAGGCUGCAAGGCCUUCCAUGGCUAGCAGUACAAACACCGUGCAGGAGUGUGAGUCGGCCUGUAAUCAGACAGAUACCAGAGCUGCCUGCGUGGGCUACACCUACGACACUACUGAUAGUGGUACAUGCGAACUCUUCUUGACUAACGACGGUGCGAAAGUGGAGACAAAAGUGGGCACAGACUUGUACAGGAAAAAGUGUGAUGAUUUUGGCCCGUCCGGUAAUACCACUGUGAACGAAACUGUAGUAACAUGGGCCAACAGAACAGAAUGCUGUAGAGGCUCCAAUAUCAGUUCUGAGUGUGAGUCUGUGUGUAUGAUGGAGGCCCCGGUCAUGUCUCCUCUCGUGUGUGAAAUGGACUUCAACAAGGUUCUCGCAUGUGUAGCAGAUGGACGAGACCACUCAAGCUGCUGUAAGUCGAACGGUGUGCCAACAAAAUGCCUUGGUUACUGUCGGGGUCAGGCACUACCACAGGAUGCAAUCGGAGCCCUGUGUCUAAGUUACGUCAGCGAAUUUGUCACCUGUUUCAGCCAAGGUCUGAUGUAUCUACCAGGUCCUCCUCAACUGUUCAAGGUCGUUGAAAAACACUCCAGACAUAUCUUUGUGGCGUGGAGUCCACCAAAGGAAAAUUGUGAUGCGGAUUGUUUUUAUGUUCUGCAGUACACAAAGGCUGGCGGCAGUGCAGUCAGGAAGAGGUAUACAGAAACAAGGGUCAACAUUACGGACCUUGCUCCGGAAACCCAGUACACCAUCAGCGUAACCGCGCACAACGGGAACGGCAGCAGUCUGCCGGCACCACAGAUCACCGUCGCAACAUAUCCAGCAGGUUUUAUGGACGUCAGCGUGAACCAGAUACCCCCGGGAGUGGUGGACAAGGGUACAACUGUGCAGCUUGUCUGUGAUGCCUACGGCACCCCGACCCCGACCGAUGUCUACUGGAUACUCAACAACAAGCAAACCCUAAACUCUCGCACCAUCACCGUCGUCGCUGACGAGGACUCAGAGGGCCUGUACAAGUGUACAGCAUCCGUCCCGAAGCUGGCCACUUCCACCAAAAGUUUGAACCUCAAUGUCAGAUACGCGCCCACCAUGUCGGGGAUAAAGGGAGACAAUGUGCCGGACGUGGACAUGGGAUAUAACGGCAAACUGCGAUGUACCUUUAGAGGUUUCCCUACUGAAGUCGUUUGGUUUAAGGGCGACACACAACUCACCACUAACUAUAGAACGGGUAUAUACCAGCAUCCGAACCUGGAGACACACGAACUGGGCGCUGAACUAGAAGUCAUGCUUGUACGUGACGUCGACUUGGGAACGUACACCUGCAUGGGAUCUAAUAAAUUCGGAUCACACAAUGGAACAGUGCAUUUAAAAAAGGCCUAUGUUGUACCUACACCUUCUCCAACCAUCAAACCAUCCCCAGCUGCCAAUGUAUCAGUUUGCUGUCAGAACAGGAAUGUGACUGGGGUGUGCAUGGACCUAUGUACCUACAGAAUCAAGCUGGAUUUAGUCAUAAAUAAUCCAAUAAAAUACACGCCCUGUAUAGAGUUCUUUGAGGACUACGUGACGUGUGCAACAGAUGGUAAGGACCACACCAAGUGCUGCAAGAAGAAUGGUGUGUCGCCGUUCUGCCAGGACUUUUGCGGAAAUGUUGUCCCCGACAUAGAUGACUCGACCAUCUAUCAGUGCGUCGACCAAGUCGAACCUAUCUUGAAUUGUAUAGAGGAGGGUCUAGAAAACAUACCGUCCCCACCCUUGAAUGUCGUGGCACUGUUGAAGGGUCACGUUAUAGAAGUGAACUGGGACCCGCCCACCGACAAAAACAAAGUUGAGCUUUACCAGGUCUGGUACAACUACAAAUACAACAUGACUGACCACCAUUCUGUGCCCAACAAUACUUACACCUGGUCACUGCAGCAUGCAGAGAUCACUUCCUACAGAUUCUGGGUCAUCGCUAAAAACAAGGCUGGUCAGAGUCUACCCGGGUAUGGCAAGAACCUCACCAUAGCAGGUAUCCCGCCAUCUAUGCCGCUAGCUUUUAGCGGAACGCUGAAGAACUAUAACCAGAUUGUGUUGACGUGGACGGCUCCAGACAAGGGACCUGUGCAAGACUACACCGUUUAUUUCAGUACGAACGGCGCCUCUAACAUGAAAACCACGACAGAUACCACAUUGACCCUAACGGGACUGAAUUACGAUUCACUCUAUGACAUCAAAGUGGCUGCGAACAACCAUUUCGGGAGAGGUAGCAACUCAUCAAAGGUUAUAGUUCAAACAAAGAAAGCACCUAAGGUGACUGCAGCAGGACAAAAAGGCGGGCCAAAUGCUGGCGUAGUGGUCGGAGUGAUCAUAGUUAUCUUGGUGGUUGUGACGGCUGUAGUGCUGGGUGUCCUGUUUAUCAGGAAAAGGGGAGGAUUAAAAGGCUUCUCAAGGCCAGAUUCUGUGGCAUUUGAGAACCCACAUUAUGGUAUGCCAGGAAGUAGUGGGCAGGUGCAGAUAUCUGGAUUGCCGGAGCGAAGUCCCGAUGCUGGAGAGCAAACCAAUUUUGACUACUGUCCCCUGAAAGAGGACACCGAUAUGGACCCGUACAACAGUGCUGCCACUCUGAAUGUAGACCAAGUGGGUCUUACCAUGAACCACUAAAACAAACACACCAUAGAAAUCCUUGGGUAGACAACAGUUCGAACCAAGCAGGGACCAAAUACUUAACUCAUUUACCCCUGAACACACAUUUGGACUCUUCCAAUUCAAAGGUUGGAAUAGUUCAUUAUGAAAUUUCAGGGGUGAUUAUAAGCCCACAGAAAGUUAUGUCAAAUGUCUUGAUGUAAAAAAAGUAAAGAACUGUAUUUAAUAAUCCUGAUGAGAUCAUAUUUUUAUUCAUGUUGGAGAAUAUUUCUACACACACACAGUGUUAAAAUUUAAAUAUUGCUAUAAAAUAUGUAAAAAGAAAAAAAAUGGUGCGCAUUUGAAGUAUUUAAAAAUAUUUUUUUGUUUGUAUCUGUCAUGUGUUGACUAUUGUGUAGAUGUCAUGCAGAUUUUAUUUAUUUAGUUUGCAAAGUAUUAGAAGCAAACUAGCAUAUGGUUUUUCCUUUCUAAACUCAGUACACUAAGACCAUGUUCUGCUUCUUUCAUUUCCCCAUAAAAAAAAUUGGCGUUAUAUCGGAAUAUUGUCAAUAUAGAGAGGGAGACAAAAAUGAAUUGCGUAUAAAAAUCCAAAAAUGGGGAUUUAGAAAUGUGUUGUCAAUGAACAUCGUAACAAAAUGAAAAAACGGCAUUUUAUAUUUAUUUGAAAAAAAUGAGAAACAAUUCUUAGUAAUGUGCAAUUAGUACCGAGGCGGCUAACGAAAUGAGGGGCAUUAUAAUGAGAUUUUUACUGUGGUAGGUAUAUCACAGUUUCUGUGAUAGGCCCAAGUCACCAUUUGUCUAUCCCACCUAAUUCAGUCAUCUGUUUUUGAGAUUUGUUUUAAAAAAUAUCCCAUCAGAUUUUGACAACUCUUACCUCUUUUUACUUCUCUUACUAAAUUGCUCCUACAAAACACAAAGAAAUAGAGAUUUCAUUUAGAAGAAAAAAAAUCUCUCUAUGUGUCGAGUGCAAAAUUAAUGUGGGUAUAUUAUAUAAUUAAUGUGUAAGGAAAAAAGGACGUUUGGACAAAUCGGAAGCAGUGAAAUUAUUUUUUUGAUUUCAUUCAAAUAAAAGGUUUUUGAAGGAUUUAAAAAAAAAUCCAGUACAUGUAUGUGA